ACAGCCCCCUCCUGGUUUUUCCACCCACGGCACCAGGACGUCCGGUGUGGUGGUGGCAGCGAGCAGCAAAAGCAGCAAGAGCUCGUUUUGAUUCCCCCCCUUCCAAGGUGCUUUGGAGAGACUGGUUUCAGGCUGAGCAGCAGAAGUCACGAUGAGUGCACAAGGUGAGGGACCCGGUCAGCCUUCCACUGCUGCCCAGGAGCAACCUGCAACCGCAGAGCCUCAGAAGAGAGGACGAGGCAGACCCAGGAAACAACCACAAGAACCAACUGGUGAACCAUCUCCUAAAAGACCAAGAGGAAGACCCAAGGGAAGCAAAAACAAGAGUCCCUCUAAAGCAGCUCAGAAGAAAGCAGAAGCCACUGGUGAAAAGCGACCUAGAGGCCGGCCCAGAAAAUGGCCUCAACAAGUGGUUCAAAAGAAGCCUGCUCAGGAUUGGAGUUACCUGGGGAGGAGGCAGAAGGGUUGGCAUUUUUGCUGCAAGCUCGUUAUGCCAUGCAGCCCAAAGUGGCAGAAUGGAAACAUCAGAGUCAUGCUGGCCACCGUGUUUGGUGCUGUCCUGUCUGUUUUCAUGCAGUACCUUGUCCAGAGCCAUGGAUCCAUAUGCAGUGCUGGGUUUUGCUGA